AUGCCUAGGAACGAAGCUUUGGUCGAAAAGAAGACCUUAGAGAAACGACGCAUCCAUCGCAUGCUUGGGGUGCAACCCAGCCCAACGGUGUUAGGGCUUGACUCCAAGCCCAAGUUUCCUAUCGUUGAACCUGAUCCUGGUCAUACGAAACUUCGUCUUUCAAAUGAAGGCUUGGAAGCCAUCAAACGAAUAACAAACCCAGUUGCUGCUGUUGCUGUAAUUGGUCCAUAUCGCUCGGGAAAAUCUUUUCUGCUCAAUCAGCUUCUUUCCCUUUCUUGUUAUGAAGGUUUUGGUGUUGGACAUAUGCGUGACACAAAGACCAAAGGGAUUUGGGUCUGGGGAACCCCGAUUGAAUUGGAUAUCAAUGGAGUAAAAACUUCUGUGUUUUACCUUGAUACUGAGGGAUUUGAAAGUAUUGGGAAGUCAAAUGUCUAUGAUGAUCGGAUUUUUGCUCUGGCAACUGUUUUGAGUUCUGUGCUUAUUUAUAAUCUGCCUGAGACGAUCCGAGAAGCUGACAUAUCUCGUCUGUCAUUUGCUGUUGAGCUUGCUGAAGAAUUUUAUGGAAGGUCUGCAGGCCAAGAUGUUGCAUUUGAACCUGCAAAACUUUUGUGGCUUAUCCAGCGUGAUUUUCUACAAGGGAAGUCAGUGCAAGAAAUGGUGAAUGAAGCCCUCCAACAUGUUCCUAACAGUGAUGGGAACAGAAAUAUUGAUCAGAUUAAUCAGAUCCGAGACUCGUUGGCUAUUAUGGGUGAUAACAGCACUGCCUUUAGCUUGCCACAACCUCAUCUUGAGCGAACGAAGCUUUGUGACUUGAAGGAUGGUGAGCUUGAUCCUGUAUAUGUUAAGAAGAGGGAGCAGUUAAAAGAACUUGUUGCUACCAUCAUUCGUCCAAAGAUUGUGCAGGGUAAACCUUUAAAUGGAAAGGAGUUUGUAGCUUUCUUGGAGCAGAUACUUGAAGCCUUGAAUAAAGGGGAGAUCCCAUCAACAGGCUCUCUGGUGGAGGUUUUCAAUAAGGGUAUUCUUGAGCGAUGUUUGAAGCUAUACAAUGAAGUGAUGGUGAAGUUACACUUACCACUUCCUGAGAAAUCUCUGCAAAAUGUCCAUGAAAACUCUAAAGGGGAAGCAAUGAAAGCUUUUGAUGAACAACAUUUUGGCCGUCACCAUGCAAAGAGAUCUGUCUCGCAACUGGAUGUGGAAAUAGAGAAGGUAUAUAAGAAUUUUGUAUUGGCAAAUGAAUACCAAUCAGCAAAGCUGUGUGAGGCACUGUAUUCUAGAUGUGAGGACAGAAUGGACCAGCUUCAGGUUCUCAGACUUCCUUCCAUGGCAAAAUUCAAUGCAGGCUUCCUGCAAUGCAACCAAAGUUUUGAGCGGGAGUGUGUUGGACCUUCAAAGGCAAAUUAUGAGAGUCGCAUGAUGAAGAUGAUGGGGAAAUCAAAAUCUUUAUUUAUAAAGGAAUACAACCACAGGCUCUUCAAUUGGUUGGUGGCCUUCUCCCUUGCCAUGGUGGUAGUGGGCCGGUUUAUUAUAAAGUUUAUUUUGAUAGAAAUCGGUGCGUGGAUCCUUUUUAUCUUCUUAGAGACCUACACAAGGAUGUUUUGGUCUGCGGAAUCUCUCUAUUACAACCCAGUUUGGCAUUUUAUUGUCGCAACCUGGGAAACAGUUGUUUACAGCCCUAUCCUUGAUGUGGACAGAUGGGUAAUUCCACUUGGCUUGGUGAUAGCAAUUUUGGUAGUAUAUUGGCGAUGUUACGGUAAAAGGAAACAUGGCUCCCGUUUGCUGUUACCUUUGUACAAUAAUAAUAAAGGGGGAUCUAGUAGGCAGAGAACAGACUAA